AUGGCCACCGAACUUUGCCCCGUCUACGCGCCCUUCUUUGGCGCCAUGGGUUGCACCUGUGCCAUCGUCUUCACCUGCCUGGGUGCCUCCUACGGUACCGCCAAGUCUGGUGUUGGUAUCGCCGCUAUGGGUGUCCUCCGCCCUGAUCUGAUCGUCAAGAACAUUGUACCCGUCAUUAUGGCUGGUAUCAUUGGUAUCUAUGGUCUGGUCGUCUCUGUCCUCAUCUCCGAUGGUCUGCGACAAGACCUUCCUCUCUACACUGGUUUCAUCCAAUUUGGUGCUGGUCUCUCUGUCGGUCUCGCUGGUCUUGCUGCUGGAUUUGCCAUUGGUAUCGUUGGUGAUGCCGGUGUCCGAGGAACUGCUCAACAACCUCGUCUUUUCGUCGGAAUGAUUCUGAUUCUUAUUUUCGCCGAAGUCUUGGGUCUGUACGGUCUUAUCGUCGCUCUUCUGAUGAACUCAAAGGCCAGCCAAGAUGCUGUCUGCGCAUAA